CUGUUUUUAUUAGUGUGUAAACUUGCGAUAUAUAAUAGUCAUAAUAGUCUGCAAAAUUGGAUUGGAACUGGGCAAAAAAUUAAAUUCGUUUUAUUUUCGACACAUAGCCUUGUUUAUUUGAAUCUGAACAAAAAUAGUCUUGAUACGAAACAAAGAGAACUGCAGCAUACAAAAUUUGAGAAGAAACGUAUGGAGGUGGUUUAAAAAUGUCCUAUUCCUUAUUGCGAUUUGUACGUUGUACUGGAGCUGCCUCACUGCGCAUAACCAAUACACAAUAUCCCUUCACCUUGUACCUGCUGCCAAUUCGCCCAAAUAAUUACUGUAUUGUGGCACAUUACUCCAGACGCAGCGAUUCAAAAAACCUUGAGUCAGCUUUCAAGGUUGUCAAAUCAAAAGUUCGUGUAGAAGAAUUCUUGGGCGGUGAAUGUGGACCUAAUUGGGAACUGUUGGCUCCUAAGGGAAAUAGAUUUUUCUUAAAAAAUGCUGUUGGACCAGCUUGGCAGGGUGCUUCGAGCACAAUCACUUUGGACGCUCCAUUAGAAUCGCUGGUCGAUUUCGAUGGAAAGCAGAACGAACAUAAGUCCCGAUUGGAAUUCUCGGUAGCCCAAUGCCCAUCAUUAAUUAAGAAAUCGCUACAUGAACUCUUUCCGGCUCCAGAAGUGGUAUCUAGUGAAAAAUUAACUUUGUUAACAUUAACAUUCAAUGGCGAUUCGGAGCAAGGGGCAAGGAAGUUUGUUUUGGCCGCCCGUGAAAUUUCUUCUCGCCUUCGUUUACAUGGAUUUUGGGCGGAUUUCAUGAAUCCAUUUAGUGGAAAGCCCUUUUACUCCUGGGCCAGUGGUAAAAACCUGUAUAAAAUUGACAAACGAUUCCGCGGACUCAAUAUGAAAUUGAAGAAACACAAUGAUUGUGUUGUUAUUACACCAGACGAGAAUGUCGAGAAGACAUUUUCUGGUUCUAUUUACACCAACGCACCUUCCGACUAUUCAGAAAUUAAGUCAUUAAUCGAUAAUCAGGUUUAACGAAUGCAGUGGUUAUUCUUAAAUAAGGAAGAAUUGUUGCUUUCAUACUACCAACCAAAAACAAGAAAAUUGUCAGGUAUUUUUCAUUAAGUUUACCCCCUUUGUUGAUAUUGUUUUAGAUAAUCUUAAUAACUAAAUAAAUUAUUACCAGAUUGUA